AGAAAGACAUCAAAGCAAUUUAAAGAAGACAGCAUUCUUGAAAGCCUAUUUAUUUGUUUGUUAGAAGGCAAGGAAGGAAUAGCGGAAUACAUUAUUUGUAGGUUAGUUCUCUGCAGCUUCUCAGGGCUCCCUUCAAAUGCUCUUCUUUUCUAUCUAUUAAACACCUUAAAGACACUCUCCCUAUUCAAAACCAAUCUGUGUUCUGUUGCCAUCUCCUCUGUCACCAACUCUGUUUUUUUCUCUCUCUCUUAUUGUUUCUCAAAAACUUUCUGGGUUUUGUCUCUUUGACCUGUCGAACUCGUGAAGCUUGUAUUCAAGCUCUUGAGUUCAUCUAUCAAAUUAAAGAGGCUUUUCUUCAAAGGGAUUUUAAAACAGAAAAUGGGAGUUGGAGGAACUUUGGAGUACUUGUCUGAUUUGAUGGCCAGUAGCCAUAAACACAAGAAGAAGAAGCAAUUGCAGACUGUGGAGCUGAAGGUCAGGAUGGACUGUGAUGGCUGUGAGCUUAAGGUCAAGAAAGCCCUCUCUUCGUUAAGUGGAGUCAAAUCAGUGGACAUAAGCAGGAAACAACAGAAAGUGACUGUAACUGGAUACGUUGAAGCAAGCAAGGUGCUGAAGAAGGCCAAGUCAACAGGGAAAAAGGCAGAGAUUUGGCCUUACGUUCCUUACAACCUGGUGGCUCAGCCUUACAUUGCUCAGGCUUAUGACAAGAAGGCACCUCCUGGGUUUGUCAGGAAUGUAGAGAACACUUCCAACACUGGCACUGUGACAAGAUACGAAGAUCCCUACAUCAAUAUGUUCAGUGAUGACAACCCGAAUGCAUGCUCUAUUAUGUAGCCAAAGAAACAAUUACCAGACCUUCUGUCUUGUCUACUUCUCUUAUUACUCUUACCUAUAAACCAUUGUAAUAUUCCAAUGUAGGGGGGCUUAACUAGUUAAUUUUGUUUUGGGAUUUUCUUUUUAUGUAACAAGUGGUAAGAAAAUCUGUAAGCUAAUCUAUGUUUUCAUUUCUUUUUCUUCUUCUAUGGAGAGUAAUCAUGAGCAGAAACUAUUCUGUAGUUUUGCAAUUUCAAAGAGUGGUUUUUGUGGGCCUUGAAAUGUGGAAUGAUUUUUGGGUA